CACCCACCUCCAUUGUCGCUGCGCCUGGACUUUGUUGGAGGCUCUAGAGACUGUUUUCCGUACCAAACACAAAUAUCGGACCCAAGCAACAGUUGCAAUUCUGCCUCACUGGUAUGGCGGAGUCAGCAGACUGCCGGAUCCUCGUCAUCUCCCCGAACGCGGAACAAGCGCGGCACUUCAUACAACGGGUUCAGGGGCUCUCUGGAAGUAGCACACAGACUGUCCCGUCACCUUCGGAAAGAACGGACAAUGUCUUUCCUUGGACCAUCGUGAACAGGUACUACACUGCCGACGUGCACUUUCAGAUAAGGGCAUUCAGUGAGUUCCGGAUACCUCACGCGGAUGGUGUUCCGGCAGUUGUGUACGUUUGGGAACGUGGACAGUCAUACAGGGACCACAUCGAAGACAUAGCGUCUAGGCUACGAGAUCAUGACCCGGAGGUGUCCUUGGCGGUUCGUUUCUCGGGAGACGCCCCGUCCAGUGUCUCAGAGGAGGACGGCUUGGACGAGUUUCUUUCGUCGCAUGGAUUUGAGUACAUCGAGGGCGAUCGAGAACCGCGCCGACCGACACACGAUGAGGACAAGCAUACGGCAGACGACGACACUGGGAUCCCCGGUCUUUCGCGUGUGCUCGACGCCCUGAGUACCAUCAUGUGGCCUUCGCUCGUCCAAUCCGAGUCUACCCGCACACGCAAGAGUCGUGCGCGCGAACUGCUCGACUGGGCGCGAGACGAGGAAGGCGACGACGGCUUGCGCGCUCUCAUCCCAGGCUCUGCCUCAGCAGGCGACAUAUCAUUCUCCUCUGACGCUGACGUCGAUGGCCCGGAGCCCAGGAAAAGCCGAAUGCAGCGCGAGAUGGAGGAGCUCGAGCGGUGGCUUGCGGACGAGGAUAGGGAGCGCCAAGCAGCUGACGCGCAGGCAUGGAUAGCCGUCGAGCGCGAUGUGCCGCUGCAGUCUUCAGCAUGGCAAGAUAUGCCGACACCGAGCAUCCGUACACCGACGGCAGAGACGCUUACGCUCGGGUUCGACGAUGACUUCACGGAGUUUGUGUCCGCUCCUUCGCCUGCCGUCUCUGCACGGUCACAUCACUCUGGACUUGACGUCGACCACCUGAUACCCCAGCAUACGGGCGCAUCAUAUCGCUCGCUCGCGUCCGUAUCAGAUUUCGGUGGCGAAGGUGAACACAUGUUUGUCCCGGACAUAGACGAAUCGGCCAUUUCAAAGCCAACCGAAGAUGACCCAGACCUCCCUUCCCGCGCAGAGGUCCUAGCAACGUCGCGUAGGAUCUUCGGUACGGAGCGACCUGCGCCUUCCCCGCCAACCUCUGCUCCUCCGAUGUCCUCGCACGUUACGGACGAAUCGCACUCGUCUGACCACGAUGACGAUGAUGACUUCGGGAUGUCUGCGUUCGACUUACCGCGGGUCCUGAGCGCUCUCCAGGGCAUGAAAGAGGAGAUCGCGGGUAUGACAGAUGAUGCGGAGCGGAGGAAGGCUGCGGCCAGGGUUGCUCUGGGGCUUGUCUACGGCCUGCAAUUGGACGGUGCGGAUGAUUGAAAUCAAUGGUGACGAGGAUAGAGUGACGUUGCGCGUAGCGUUUGUAGUACAUGCGCUCGAUGUGGUACGUUCGAGCUGAAGCUUAAAGCUUGAGGGAUCCCAUGCGGUUCAUGACCAUAAGUUACAGUACCAUGGCCAUGUAUUCCUUAUUCACACGUGCGCCUGGCCCUAAUCCGCAAGAUUGCAAACUUCA